AUGGCCAUAGCUCAAUACAAUUUAGUUUGGAACUCCUAUAAGAACAACAUUUGUAAUGGAUUCGCUAUGUUGCAGCAAAAAGCAGAGUUUGUGGAUAUGACACUAGUUGCUGGUGGUCAUUUAGUUAAAGUCCACAAGAAUAUUGUAGCCCUGGCGAGCCCUUAUAUAAAGCACAUGAUACAAUCAGCACCAUGUGAACACCCUGUUAUAUUUUUAAGUAGUAUCACUCAUGAGAUUCUGUCAUAUAUUUUAGAAUAUAUAUACACUGGUGAAGUUAAUGUAGAAGUAGAUAAAAUCAAAUCUUUUAUAAAUGCAGCUACAGAGCUUCAUAUUACAGGCAUCAGUAGUGAUCUACCACUUGGGACUUCUGAACAAAUUAAUUCCACAUUAGAUAAAUCCAAGAACACAGAGGAAGUCAGGUCUGAAUGUGCUGUGAACAACCAUAAUAAGAAGGAUUUACCUACAAUUGAUCUAAGUUUUAAUGAAAACGCUGUUGUAAAUCAAUUGGAGACAAAUGCAAAUAGUUUUAGUGAAUGGUUACAAGAUACUGAUUCACAGAAUGCAAAUUUUGAAUGCAAUCAUUUAGAAAAUAAGACAGAUACAUUAGACAGUGUUAAUGUGGAACAAACAUCGCAACCAACAUCCAAAGUUGAAAUUAAUAUAAAUGGAUCCAUUCCUCAACAAUACACAGUGUCAAAGAGAGGAUCUUUGCAAUUAAUUCUAAAUCGGUUCAUUUAUUGCAUGCAUCAUCAGUCUUUGGGUGGAAAGAAGAGAAGGUGGCGAUGCAUAGACUAUCGUUUGUUACAUUGUCCAGCAUACAUUGACACAGUUAAUGACCAAAUAAUGAAUAGGCAAAAUAUUCAUUGUCAUCCAUACCAUGAUGAAAAAAUUAUGAGGAAUAUUAAAAAGAAUCUAGUGUUUGGUUCACUGAAUGUUGCCAUACAAAAUUCUGGAAAAUUACAUGACACUAAUAAUGAAGAAAUAAUGGAUGAUAAUGAUUGA